AUUCCUCCCUCCCUCCCAGCCCGUUAGCUGCCGCUGGUCACCGGCAAUGAUACAGCAAACACGGACUCGGUGAGACGCAUCGAGAUGGACUUAACGAGUACUUUCUACCACUACAAAGACGGAUAUUACUUAGACGACCUUUUCUUUUGACAAGGGACGCAGUUUAUUCUUCGUUAUUCUUCGUUUUGCUUCGGGGGGGGGGGGAAACGGAGGAUCGACGCCCGGAGAGAAAUGGAUGCGACGGUUGGUUUCCUGCGACACAAACCGGCCAGCUAAGAAGCGUCCACAUUCACCUGGAAGACCAUCUGAGGGCACCUUUACAAUCCAGGACUGUACUUAAUUACUGGUUUCCAACUGUGACACUUAAAGUAGCCAUUAAAAGCAGUCCUAAUAUCCACAAAGAGCACAGCUAAUCCGGAGCUAACUGGCGGCUAACUGGAUUCUUUGUUUAUUUUAUUUUAUUCGUUGAAUUCGGUGUUUGUUUCUCGAUGGAGUUUGAUUAAUACUAGUGUUUUGAAGUGGGACACAAUCUGUAAGCUAUCCUUUCUGGGCCACUUGAUUUUUUAAAGGGCAUAAAUCAUCUGACUUCUCACUUUAUGGCUCGUUAGUAUCGCGAUACUGCAGCUGACCCAGCUAGUUUCUCACUUUAUGGCUCGUUAGUAUCGCGAUACUGCAACUGACCCAGCUAGUUUCUCACUUUAUGGCUCGUUAGUAUCGCGAUACUGCAACUGACCCAAGCUUUUUGGCCUUGACUAACUCCUUUGCAAGGAAAGGAUGCACCACCAGGACUUUUCUGGAGAGCCUCCCGGGACGGGGAGCAGAAAAACGUCUUUCCACUUCAGGAGGGGCAGCAGCGGGGCGUCCGCCACCUCCACAGCCGCUGGAGGAGGCGUCACCUCGGCUGACGAGAAUGCAACCCCGGCUGGGUCUUCUUCUCCUGGACUCCUCCACCAGCAGCAGCAGCAGCAGCAGUCCCAGGUGUCUGGCGCUCAGGUGAAGAAGAAGAGUGGCUUCCAGAUCACGAGUGUCACCUCAGCUCAAAUCAACGUGAGCGGCAACAACAGUCUAGCGGAUGACACGGAGAGCUACGACGACAUGGACGAGUCUCACACCGAAGACCUUUCCUCCUCCGAUAUGCUGGACGUUUCCGUCUCCAGGGCGACAGACACAGGUGUGCCAGAGAGAAGCUCCUCCGACGAGACCUUGAACAGCCUCCACGGCGUGGACACACCUGGACUCGUGUCGCCUAACGAGCCUCUUCACCCUCAUUCCGUCCCUCAGGGGUCCCAGCAGCAAACCUCGAUGGUAAAUGGGACCGUGUCUCAUCAUUAUUAUCCUCAGCAACACGGCCAGUCCCACCAUUACUCUGAUGGCAUGGGAGGAGGUGAACCAGCUCUUCCGAUUGCACCGUUGGGUUGUUCAAGCCCAGCUAUGAAAAGCGGGCUUAGCCAGUCCCAAAGGCCACCUAUGUUGGAUAACACAGGUCUGACAACGCAACCAUUAGCCCCUAUUGUUGAUGUUACAGCCACUGAUCCACAACUACAAGGUGGUGUGAACAUUUCUAAUAUGUCUGCUGCUGGUCCUCCUUCUGGGCCUGCAGGUUUUGACAACACUAACGUGAGCGGGCAAGGUGGAGGAUCAGGCCCGUCUGCUGCUGCUGCUGCUCCCAACACUCAAACCCAACCCACCCAAACUCAGACAGGGUCUCGUUUCAGGGUGGUCAAACUAGACACUAAUUCUGAGCCGUUCCGCAAAGGAAGAUGGACUUGCACAGAGUAUUACGAAAAGGAGAUUCCUCAUGCAACGACAGCCGAGGCACCAAAGGGUGCAGAGGUGGCUGCAGAGACUGAGGCGGGUAAUGCUGGGAUUAAUCAGGGGUUACCUGCUGUGCAGCCGCCUCAUACGCUGCAGCCCUACCAGCUGCCGAGCCAGGACUUCACUAGUCCACAAGCAAUGCAGAGCCCGCCACAGGGGAUGGCCCAAACUGCUCCUCUGUCAUAUGUUUCACCCCAAGACGUGGUUGCUGGGGCUCACAUGCAAAAACCAGUGGCUCCUCUAACUACAGCAACACCACAGACUGGUGUUAAUCAGUCUCCACCUGUAAUACCACAGCAGCUGCCCUAUGCUGUGGAUCCCCACCAGGCUCCACCCCAGGGAGGUUAUCCUGCCCCUCAGCUCCAUGCAGGAGUCAUGCCCCUGGGAGGUGUCCGUCAACCAGACUUCAUCCAGCCCACAGCUCCCUUCCAGACCCAGGUUCAGCCUCCGUUGCCGCAUGUUACAACAGGAAUCUCCAUAACACCAGUUCCAGGGGUCACAUCCCAGCCAGCUGUCGGCAUCACCCAGCAGCUGCCUCAUCAGGGUCAGGGGGCCCCCCCUGCACAGGGAACCUUCACAGGACAGCCACAGAACCUCCCAUCUCACCCACAACCACGAGUCCAGCCCUCGUCCAAUGCUACAGGUCCAGUAGCACCCAACUAUGGUUCUCCAUACAUGCCUCUCACAGCUGUACUCCAGCCGCUCCUCAACCCGGGCGCAACCUUCACCCAUGUCCCGGGAGGAGGAAGCUCGAUCAAAACAUCGCAGCUGGAGGACGCGCAGAGGAUUCUGCUCCAGCACCAAGGCCUGCUUGGUCUGCCCAGGCUAGGGGCGGCAGGCGGAGAGGGGGCUGCGGAAGCUGCUGGGACUCUGGCCCAUAUGGGGAUGUCUGCUGAGGCGAGUGCUUUCAUGGUCGCUGCUGCUGCAGGACUCAGGACUCAGCAUGCUGAAGGAGAUGACGACAGCUACUUUGACUCCAAAGUGAUGCGAGGUACCACUCCUGCGUCCGCCACCAUCACAGGGAGGAUGAGGAGCAGGAAGGGAGUGGCUUGCUGCUGUGUUGACGAGGGUGUGUGGUCAAAAGUAGCUCAUCCUAUUGGACGGCUCACCGUAAUCUCUGCUGACUGUUUAUAUAACAACAGAAGGGGAGGGGACAUGAUUCCUUAUGCGGUGACAUCACAGCCCAUCCUCCUGUCUCCGCCUUGCCGUGCGCCCAAUCGCCUGAGAAGCCUAUAUGUGAUAUCGGCUUAGAAAGGGGGCAAUCAGAAGGACUUAACACACUAAAGUGCUCCCAUUCUGCUCCCGUCCCCGUCCUACACGGCACCAUCCUGGUCUCCUUUGUUGGUCAGGCUCCCCUAAUGUGUUGCUCCCACCUCUGAGGGGAGUGCAGGGGUCAGGACCAAAGGGCGCAGGCCAGGAGGGACGGAGGAGGUGCAGUAGUAGAAGUAGUGUCAGGGUUUGUUUUGGGGGACUUUAGGUGGAGCUGUGUGU